UUUCAAUGUUUCCGGUUUCCUCUGUCCUGCUUCUGUUCGCGGCUUCUGAUUGGCUGCUCCUGGAGUUACCAUGACCCACUGGGCAGUGCCCGGCUGAACAUUUACCUGCGGAUGUUGACUGGGCAAAAAAAACUAUGUACGUGAAGAUGCCAGUGAAAUCAGACUAAGUGGCAUUGCCAUGUUGCCUGGAGUUGGUGUGUUUGGCACUGGGAGCACAGCCCGAGUGCUGGUCCCGUUGUUGCAAGCCGAAGGAUUUGAAGUUCAUGCUCUUUGGGGACGCAGCGAAGAGGAGGCGUGCGGCCUUGCAAAAGAACUUGGCAUCCCUUUCCACACCAGCCAGUCUGAUGACGUCCUUCUCCACCAAGACGUUGAUCUUGUUUGCAUCUAUAUUCCCCCAUCAAUGACAAAACAGAUUGCUGUUAAAGCACUGGGUAUAGGUAAGAAUGUGGUUUGUGAGAAAGCUGCAACUGCUGUGGAUUCAUUUAAAAUGGUGACCGCAGCAAGAUACUACCCCCAGCUGCUCAGCAUUAUGGGUAAUACUCUGCGCUUCCUGCCUUCUUUUGUUGAAAUGCGCCGGAGGCUGAUGGAAGGAUAUGUAGGUGAAAUACAAGUUUGUGACGUCCGGGUAUAUGGACCGAGCCUUCUGGACCAGCCAUAUGGCUGGACGUGUGAGGAGCUGAUGGGAGGAGGGGGGCUGCACACUGUUGGCUCCGCCAUCAUUGACCUUUUAAGCUACCUGACUGGUGCACGAGCUCACAGAGUGCACGGUUUGACGCGUACCUUUGUGCAGCAAAACAGCUUGAUCCGAGGCAUCCGCCGCAUCACCAGCGACGACUUCUGUUUCUUCCAGCUGUUAAUGGGUGGAACAGGAUCGGGUGGUGUCUGCUGCACUGUGACGUUGAACUUUAACAUGCCCGGGUCAUUUGUACAGGAGGUAAUGGUAGUUGGAUCCACUGGGAGGCUGGUUGCCAGAGGCACAGACCUCUAUGGUCAGCGCAAUGGGAGUAAGGGUGAAGAGCUGUUGCUAGGAGGAAAUGGGUGGCUGGGACCAGAGGUGAAGCAGAUGCCCCUGCCUCACCUGCAUGGACUGAGCUCCAUGGUAAAAGCACUGAGACAGUCUUUCCAGGCUCACGAAGAGCGCCGAUCGUGGGAUCAAAGACCGGUUGCUAUGGCGUCAACUUUUGAGGAUGGUCUGUACGUGCAGACUGUGGUUGAGGCAGUGAAGAAGUCCAGCAACACUGGAGAGUGGGUGUCUGUGGAGAUCAUGAGUAAGGAGCCAGAUCCCAACCAGAACCUCUGUGAGGCUCUUCAGAGAAACAAAAACUGAGAUAAUUUAUAUUAAACCCAGACUUACAGGUGUGACGGAAUUCAGCUCUGAAUCUUUUUCCUACAUUCAGGUGUCUGUGCCGUUUACAUCACACGUGACUACUUUGUACUUCACAGUUAUUUUAUUUUAACAAGCAACGACAUGUUUUGCUGUUAUUUGUAUUUACACUACAUUUGUAUGCCACAGCUCCAUUAUUUGGAUUCUGUUCAGAAAAUAUUGCUUAGUUUCAGGGUCAAACUGAGGUUUCGCCAGAAUGACCAAUAAAAUUUGCUUCACCUAACAUUUGAAACGUUGAUCCAUGAAAUGGCAAAUAGCUGACUGCAUAUGUAAUUAAAGAAUGCUUAAAUGCUCUUCAAGAGCAGUUUUUGUGAGUCACAACUUUUAAAUUUUGGUUGCUUUUGCUUAUUUAAUUCAGUUGAAUAAUGACAGCAGAAUAUAGUUAAACUGUGAGAUUAUAUUUAGCAUUAAAUGUAGACUCUCAUGUGUUUGAAUCAGGCAUUAAAGGUAUUAAAAACUCUAUCUUUUACUAAAAGGGAGUGUUUUUCUCAGGUAUAAAUGUCAAAGUACAUGAACGGUUUGACUGCCAAACCCCCUGUUAUUCUGGCAGAACUUGAAAAGAUUCUCAUUUCAAGUUAAAACAGUGCAGAAUUAUAAUGAUGGAGCUGUGUUGAGUGGUUUACUUGUUAUUUGUUUUCUUUUGAUUCUUCAGUUUUUAUGAUUGGAAGCCUAUUUUGUUUUGCUGUCAUGCUGUGCCAUGACCCACAUCAAUACCAGGGAUUGUCUAAAAUAAGCUAAGUGUAAGUCCUACAUAUCUUAUUUGUAGCAGCAUCCCCAGAAUGAGCCCCUAAGACAUUUAAAAAUCAUUUUCAGAAGUAAGUUUUGCCCUUGAGACUAGACAUUUAGUUUGAGAAAGCUGCAGUGAAAGGUUUGUUUACAUUUAUUUUCAACUAAAAACUAUUUAAAAGAUCAGACUUAUGCAAUAGUAAUUAUUGCAGAUGUGAAAGGAGCGUUAAGGCUGGCACAAAGUGUUUUACCCUCUGGAAUGUUUUGUUUGUCUUGCUUUUUGUUUUUGAGUAGAACCACUGGAUUUAACCCUAAAUGAGUAUCCUGACUAUUUAUUUGUCCCAUUCACUCACUGCAUUUUACUGUUGACACUAAUAUCAGUCCUGAAAUCAAACCCAAGUCAGAACCAAUACGCCGUCGAAAGUAGAAAUAGGAAGUACUGGUUUGAAUGUAUGGAUCUACUCUUACAAGUUUAGUGCUUACCUCAACAGUGCUUUGCAAAUAACACAAGUUUACAUCUAAUCUCUUUGAAAAAACACAUUACCUUUCCCUGUAGAAUGCAUCACUACUAAAAUACAUUCCAUUAUUAUUAACCAACUUUUAAUUUUUGCACUGAAAGAUGCAGCCUAUUUAUGGAAUGGUCGCUCAAAAAGUUGGAUUUAAUUUGGAGGCAUUUUAUAAUUUAUUUAUGAGAUGGUUUGGACAGUAGUUCCUAUUGUUUGUUCUGUGUUUGUAUUUCAGCCUGUGACUUUAUUUUUAAGCUGUAAUAUUUGUCUUCUUUUUUUUUUUGGACAAUUUUAACAAAUGUAACUUCAGCACUAAUUUUGCAUUAAAGUGUGUAUUGCUCCUGUGUUUCUGAUUAUUUCAUGGAAUAAAAGCCUUUUUUUCA